AUGGGAAAGAAUGGAUGGGAAGUAGCUCGCGGAGAAAGGGGUAGUGACUACUAUGGAUCCUCUAGUUACGGGCAAGGGUACUUAACCCCGAGAGAAAGGAAGAGUUACUUGUAUGGAUCCGGUCCGUCAUCAACCUCCGCAACUUUGUGCCGUCUUUACGGACAGCAUGACCAUCAGACUUACUCUUGUGCUUAUGCAAUGCGGUACUAG